CGCCCCAGAGUGGACGUCGCGCACCCCUAAAUAAUAUACUCGUCUAUUAUACAUCGCAACUAAUAAGUUCAAAACAUUCCAUUUUCAAAACACUUAAAUUAAGUUAACUGAGUUUAUUCUGUGCUUUCCAAGGGGUGCCGGCUGAGUCAUCAAAGGAUCAGGAACAGAUAAAAUGAUUGUAAGGAAAGUAUUUACGAAGGGAAAAUAAUGAUAAUCUCUCAAUAAUAAUCAACGGCAGAUAUGGAGGCAGCUUUGCCGCACUUCCAUCGCUUAGCUUCUUCAAGAUUCUACCAACAGUAUGCAGCUCCACCGGUUCAUAUAUCCAGUAACUAUCUCCACGAUCUUGUACCGCAACAGCAUCCAACGCUUCUUCAACAAUAUCUGUCCUACUACCAUGAACCAUCCGUACCCCUCGAUCUCUCUCUUAAGCAAACCACACCCAUCACCCCGCCUUGUACUCCACCACCGCAAAAAAGAAAACUUACAGACGAGACUAAAGUACCCAAACGACCUAAAAUAUUUCGGCAUUUUGAGGAAGAUGACACGAAAGAUGAACCCGAAGACAAAAUUAAACGAAAAAUUGACGACGAACUUUCGAACGAUAGCGAUAGCCCUGAAGCUAAAAAAUUAAAGUUUACGAAACAGUUUUUCGACGAAUUGCGCACUUGCCUCCCAAACGAUGGGGAGAAAAGUGGUAGGAGUUCCCCAGAAAUCGUUGAGAUCAAGGACGUCGAAGAGCGUCCCAGGAAGUCACCGAAACCGCAACAGCCUUUGAAGAAAAGUAAAGUUGUUAGACGAUUGAUGUUUGACGAAGAUAAAACCUCGCCGGUAUCAGGGACAAUUAUAAGGGAUCUUGAUGAAGACGAGACUCUAGUAGUGAGAAAGGGUGACAUAGACCCCGCAUUUAACGUGGUGGAAGUGACCGAGGAGGCCAAAGCUUUAAUAGCAACGAUCGAGAACCGUCUAGGUCGAUACAUCUGCAGACUGUGCAGGCGUUUGUACAAUGACGCCUUUGCCCUGGCGCAACACAGGUGUUCUAGAAUUGUACAUAUUGAAUAUCGAUGCCCGGAAUGUGAUAAGGUAUUUAAUUGUCCAGCAAAUCUGGCUUCGCAUCGCCGAUGGCAUAAGCCUAGGGUACCAGGAGCGACGAAACGUCGAGAGCCUGUGAACACAGAAUCGGGUCGCUUCUCUUGCGAGAGGUGUGGAAAGCUCUUUCGAAGGCAGGCGUAUCUACGGAAACACCUUCUAGCUCAUGAACAGCCAGACAACGAUAUUGAUAAGGAGCCAUCGGCGUUCCGUCAAGUCCAAGUAGAUUAUUCAUAUCAACCGGAAACCGUGCGAGACAACAAUUUCAAUAACUUCUGGAAUAAGAUACCGCCCCUGCAUAGAGAGACGAGCUGGGAGGAUGUUCGCGCUCGCUGUACUUCAAAUUGCUCCUCUGAGGACUCCCGAAGCCUCGAUGUCACGGGAUCGGAGGACGAAGGGGGCGGGACGAUGGAUGGCUGACGUCACAUCCUGCGGCCCGUGCCGCGGUUUCCGUACAACCUUGGCUCUGCCUACCCCUAUACAGGGCCGUAUGGAGACUCUUUCUAUUUCUCUUAAAGGUACUAGCAUCGGGAUUCAGAUAUCGUAUAUAGUUAUCAUGUAGUUUAGAAUUAAUGGUGUAUAGGUGUGUUUUAGUUAAUUUCGAAUUGUACAGUGGAAAUACCUUUAUAACAGAUUUUAAGUUGUAUUUUUAUUUAGAGAUUUUUAAUUGUACAUUCUCCUACAGCAACAUUCCAAAAUGAUGAGACGAUGUCAAACAUAUCUCAUGUGUAAAUAACACAUUUAAUGUAACAUAGUCGUAUAUAUAUGAAGUAGUUUAAAAAUCAGUAAUAAAAUUUUAGGGAUUUUUAAAGAAAAUUAACGAAUCUAAAGUAUUUUAAA